UGAGCAGCUCGGCUGGCUCAGCCUUUGCCAACGGGCGCUGACACAUCUCUGUCUCUUUCUUUCAACCACGUUGCAAACUCAACGGGACCUGCUCGGAGCUCCUCCCCUCCUGCCUCCGCCGCCUCCUCCUCCUCCAGCCAGGCAAGUAGAGAGCCGAGAAAGGGAAGAAGAGGAGGCCCCAGUUGUGCCUGCCUGAACGGCCCACAGCGAGACCGGGAAGAGGGUAGCAGGAGGACAGAGAAACGGCAGCCUCCGAAGAGGGAGGGCGCUCCGCAGCGACGGCCGCAGCGCCAUGGGCCGCCUUGAAAGGAGCGUGAUCUCCUAGCACAGACGCCGCCGCCGCCAGCCAAAGUGCCACGAGAACUUCUCGUCCAGAAGGCAAACGGUACUAAGUAGCAGGCAGCGCCCGCGCCGGAGUGUUUUUACCCAAGUCACGCCAGAGAGUUCUGAAGAGGUGUUUGUGGUCAUGUGAGAUGUCCAUACAAAAAAGUGGAUGUUAUCAACUUUAUUGUUAUCUUAUAAACUGAGGAAGAUACAAUCUGUUUUUUAAAAGUGAAUUUUUGGGAUAGUAUUUUUCCUAUUUUCACAAAAAUAUUGUAUAUACAGGAUUUUUGGAAGUUUUUUGAGUGAAAACCUGCAGAUUGACUUCAGCACUCAAAUCACAUUGCUUUCAUUUUCUCUCUCUUGGAUUUUGUGUGUGUGUGAGGCACACAUUAAUUCUUUUAAAAAUGGAUAAAUAUGAUGAUCUGGGUUUGGAAGCAAGUAAAUUUAUAGAAGACCUCAAUAUGUAUGAAGCCUCCAAAGAUGGCCUCUUUCGGGUGGACAAAGCUGUUGGGAACAACCCAGAAUUUGAAGAGACCAGAAGGGUUUUUGCUAAAAAAAUGUCCAAAAUUCAUCUUCAGAAACAGCGGGAACAAGAGGAGUUGAUGAAAGUUGUCUUAGGGGCUCCAAAUGGUGGGGUUGGUUUUGGUACUCCGCCUCCAGGUCAUCCUGUAGCCAGAGGCAUUGCGGGAACAAAUAAACUGCAUUCUGGAGAAAAUACUGCCAAACCCCCUUUGGCUGCCUCAUCUACAGUGUGUGCAGGCCAUCAGCUUGCCUUCCCAAACCAGCCACAAGCUCAUGUUGAUGAAGAGCGAACAAAGUUAUAUCAAGAUGGCAAGAGAGCCAGUGGUGAUUAUGGAUACAAUGAGGGUCAGGGGGUGUCUGAAGUUUCUGGAGGAUAUGGAUAUAUAAGGACUGGUCAGAUGAAUCCAUGUAAUGCUAAGACAUCUUUUUCUUCCCUUUCCCAUGAAGAACCCAAUAACAGUGAUAAUCAGACAGGUAUUCAAGGUUGGGGAAGAGAUGCUGAUAAAUUUUCCAGCCUGAAAUCCAGCAAGGGCUCCCAUUUAUGGUCAAAGGUCAAUCACAGUGAUUCACUGCAGAGAAGUCCUACAAAACCUCAAGCAGAUCUCCACCCAUGUCAGCAAUCGCGAAACUCUUGCAGGUCUUCUGAAAGUGGGUAUGGAAGUCAGGAAAGUGGAGGUGAAGGCCCUGGACUUAGUCACAGCUAUGACCAAAACCCAGCUGCUCAGAGAUCACCAUCUCUCUUUACAGCCUGCUCUGUUGGUUUUGGUGAUGAGUUUCCUGCGGGAUUUUCACAACAGAGAUCUUCCUCAGUCUCUGCUUCAUCAGCAUCCCCUUCUCAAGCUCUUUUGAAUCGGUCUGAUCACUUGCAUCCAAACUGUGGAAUUGAGAUGGUGGCUUCUGCCACCCCAAAUACAAGCAGUGGUGACAACCAGUCAAGACAUAGUGAUAACACUCAGUCUUCAGUUUCUGGUUCACUUCCUACUCCACUACCUCCAAGUGUAGGCCAUCAGCAAGUCAACACUCAUCCAAAGCCUACAGGCCAUUUUGUAGUUCAUGAUCAAACUCACAGGCUUAAUUGUGCUGGAUCUGGCAUAAACCCUGAGAAGAAUUCCAUCGAUGUAACUUCUCAUGGUCCAAUGAUUUCCGAUAUCCCAAAAUUUCCUUUUAAAGAGAGCAUCGCCACUCCGCAGUAUGACUCUGGUCAUCAAGAAACAUCAACUUCUUCAAAAAUAAAAUUACCCUGUCAGACACUCCUUCUACAGCAAGAACAAGGACCCUCCACUGCUGAAUUAAAAUUAGAAGCUCUUACCCAGCGUCUGGAGCAAGAGAUGGAUGCUUGUCCAAGGGCUGACUACUUUGGAAUCUGUGUGAAGUGCAACAAAGGUGUAUAUGGUGCAAACCAGGCUUGUCAGGCCAUGGGGAAUCUCUACCAUGAUGGAUGCUUUACCUGCGGGGCAUGUAGUCGAAAGCUAAGAGGGAAGGCCUUUUAUUUUGUUAAUGGGAAGGUGUUCUGCGAAGAAGACUUUCUGUAUUCAGGCUUCCAGCAAUCAGCUGACAGGUGUUUCAUUUGCGGCCAUUUGAUAAUGGACAUGAUUCUGCAAGCUCUGGGGAAAUCAUACCACCCUGGCUGCUUCCGUUGCGUGAUCUGUAACGAAUGUCUGGAUGGAGUGCCGUUCACAGUUGAUAAUGAGAACAAAAUCUACUGUGUCCGAGAUUACCACAAAGUUUUGGCUCCAAAAUGCGCAGCUUGUGGGCUUCCCAUUCUGCCAAGUGAGGGGUCUGAUGAGACGAUCCGUGUUGUGUCAAUGGACAAGGAUUACCAUGUGGAGUGUUACCGUUGUGAGGACUGUGGGAUGGAACUCAAUGACGAAGAUGGACAUCGUUGUUACCCACUGGAUGAACACUUGCUUUGCCAUUCUUGUCACCUCAAGCAUAUAGAGAAAGAUGCAACUCCGGCAACUGCAUAUCGGCAUCACUACUAGUCAUCACUGCCAAGGUUCCCAAAGCUGACCAGAGGAAUGGUUACACAGCAGUUUCUUUUGAGCGCUCAUCUCUACUCCCCAUCCCAACACCAGACAAUUUGCAGUGAGAGUUGGAGGAAGAGGAUUUAUCCUAAAUUCUGUGGAUGGGACCUCUUACAUAAGGGAUAUUUUUGACAAAGCACAUGUUCUACACCCUGGACCCACCAGAUGCUGUUAGCCUUCAACUCCCAUCAUCCCUGACGAUUGGCUUUGGGGCUGGGGAUGAUGGCAGUUGUAGUUCAACCACAGCUGGAGGGCUAAAGUGGUACAGCCCUGAUCCAGACUGAUGUGUGGUUUCUUCUGUGCCCUAAGGGUCAUUACUAUGAAUAUUUAAAUACUGCUUUUCAACAAAAGUUCUCAAAGGGGUUUACAUAGGAAAAAUAAUAAAAGAUAAAGAUGGCUUCCUGUUCCAAAAGGAUUCACAAUGUAAAAAAGAAACAAAGGUAGACACUGGCAACAACCGCUGGAAGGAUUCUGUGCUGGGGCUGGAUGGAACCAGUUGCUCUUCCCUUGCUGCAUGCAAGAGAAUCACAUUAGAAUUCAGGGAGUCAAGUUGGAGCAGGGCACAGCCCUGGGCUGCCAAGUGGGGCUGGGGGUGCCCCACCAUGCACCUCCUGCUGCUUGCCGCUCCCCCCGCCACCACCAGUCUGCCUCCCCUUGCCAGCUGCAACAUGCUUGAAUGAUGGCACUGUCCCAGCACUUGUGAAUGCUGUGGUAUGCUCACUCGGGGUGGUGACCUCAUUAUGCCACAUCUUUGGCAGCAAUGACAGCAGUGAGUGGCCAUAAAGGGGGGGGGGGCUUGGAGGUUUCUUAUGUAGCCUUAUUCAUUUGGGAAGAAUCUGUAAGUAAAACCACAGCGAACUGCUUUCUAAAUGAUUCCCCUCUAAUUCCACCUGAAUGUAGGAUACACAGACCUGCAGUGCCUCUUAAUCUCUUUUCUUGUAAGUCUCCCACACACACCCUCAAAUGCAGAAGCACACUGUCGUCCUCACCAGGAAGUCUCUGAAGUGAGCAAAAUCCUCUGCUGCUUGCACUAGAAAUUUGCUGUGCCACCUCUGUCUCGGGGACAUUUUCAUGUGUUUUCCUGCAUGUUUAUUGUGAGUGUGAUGGCUGAGAAGGUGGGGGAUGGGGGAAGAAAUGAAGCUAAUAAGACCCUCUGGCUUCACUCUGUAGCAUAGGGAGUGUUCGCUUUUGUCUUUCCCCUUCUCCUUCCUGUUGGACCUUUAGUAGCUGCUAAGCUCUGAAAAAGGCACAAACACUGAACCUGUUCUUAUAUGCAAGAGAGUGAUCUGCUCUUCUCAUUCUACUACUUAAAACACAAGUCUUUCUAGCCAUUUCUGGAGCUCAGGCACCAGCAUUGCUAUGAAAUAAAUGGUAGUCAGAAGGUCUCAAAUGCACAAAUCUAGAGGGUUUAUGCAGCCUGCUACUGUUUCAUAACCCUGCUUAUUUUGAGCACUCAACUUGAGAGCAUAUUGUGGACUUUGCCAUGUGUGCAGCUUUAGGUGCCACCAAAGAGUGUUUUCAGGAAUAGGCUUUUCUAGACUGUGUGUCUAUGAAGAAUGGUGACAGCUGUUUUCCUCUUUGAACUCUUGUGCCUUAAAACCAUACCUUCUACAACUGAGUGUUUAAUAAAUGCAGUAUGGACGAUUGAAGAUUUGUUUACUUGUAGUUGUCAGUUCUUGGGAUAAACCAAUGCAUGUUAAUUUUUUAAAGAAGUAUUUUCCCCAGGAUUCUACCAGUUGCUCAUCCCAGAGCAAGCCAAGCUUUGAGUGCCAAUAAACUUGUUCUGCUUCA